AUGGAAUGGUGCCAACGGGCUGGGCUCAGCAUGGCGCUGGGCGCUGUCCUGGCUCGAGGGCGGGCAGUGUGUAAACACAACGGGCUACUCAUCCUGUCGGUGUUGUCUGUCAUCGUGGGCUGCCUCCUUGGCUUCUUCCUCAGGACCCAGCGCCUGUCGCCACAGGAGAUCAGUUACUUCCAGUUCCCUGGAGAACUCUUGAUGAGGAUGCUGAAGAUGCUGAUCCUACCCCUGGUGGUCUCCAGCUUGAUGUCCGGCCUUGCCUCCCUGGAUGCCAAGACCUCCAGCCGCUUGGGCAUCCUCACUGUGGCGUACUACCUGUGGACCACCUUCCUGGCCGUGGUUGUGGGCAUCAUCAUGGUCUCCAUCAUCCACCCUGGUGGUGCAGCGCAGAAGGAGACGACCGAACAGAGCGGGAAGCCAGUCAUGAGCUCAGCUGAUGCCCUCCUGGACCUUGUCCGGAACAUGUUCCCGGCCAACCUGGUAGAAGCCACAUUCAAACAGUACCGCACCAAGACCACCCCAGUUAUCAAGUCCCCCAAGGGGGCUCCAGAGGAAGCCCCUCCUCGGCGGGUCCUCAUCUACGGGGUCCAGGAAGACAACGGCUCUCGAGUGCAGAACUUUGCCCUGGACCUGACCCCCCCGCCUGAAAUCGUCUACAAGUCAGAGCCUGGCACCAGCGAUGGCAUGAACGUCCUAGGCAUUGUGAUCUUCUCGGCCACCAUGGGCAUCAUGCUGGGCCGCAUGGGUGACAGUGGGACCCCCCUGGUCAGCUUCUGUCAGUGCCUUAAUGAGUCCGUCAUGAAGAUCGUGGCAGUGGCGGGGUGGUACUUCCCCUUCGGCAUCGUCUUCCUGAUCGCCGGCAAGAUCCUGGAGAUGGAUGACCCCAGCGCAGUGGGGAAAAAGCUGGGCUUCUAUGCCGUGACUGUGGUAUGUGGGCUGGUGGUCCACGGCCUCCUCAUCCUGCCCCUGCUCUACUUCCUCAUCACCAGGAAGAACCCCAUUGUCUUCAUCCGUGGAGUCCUCCAGGCUCUGCUCAUCGCGUUGGCCACCUCCUCCAGCUCAGCCACACUGCCCAUCACCUUCAAGUGCCUGCUGGAGAACAACCACAUCGACCGGCGCAUCGCUCGCUUCGUGCUGCCUGUGGGCGCCACCAUCAACAUGGACGGCACGGCGCUCUACGAGGCCGUGGCUGCCAUCUUCAUUGCCCAGGUCAACAACUACGAGCUGGACUUCGGCCAGAUCAUCACUAUCAGCAUCACGGCCACUGCAGCCAGCAUUGGGGCGGCCGGCAUCCCGCAGGCGGGGCUGGUCACCAUGGUCAUUGUGCUCACCUCUGUAGGCCUGCCCACCGACGACAUCAACCUCAUCAUCGCUGUAGACUGGGCUCUGGACCGCUUCCGCACCAUGAUAAACGUGCUGGGUGACGCGCUGGCGGCGGGCAUCAUGGCCCACAUCUGCCGGAAGGAUUUUGCUCAGGACACGGGUACUGAGAAACUGCUCCCCUAUGAGACCACGCCCGUGCCCCUGCAGGAGAUCGUGGCCGCCCAGCAGAACGGCUGCGUGAAGAACGUGGCCGAGGCCUCGGAGCUGACCCUCGGCCCCACGUGCCCCCACCACAUCCCAGUCCAGGUAGAGCAGGAUGAGGAGCCGGGCACUGCCAGCCUAGACCACUGCACCAUCGAGAUCAGCGAGCUGGAGACCAAUGUGUGAGGCUGCAGGGCGGGAGAGGCAAGCGCAUGCGCGAGCUCCGGCCAGCAACCAUGGCUCCGCCGCCCAAGGCCUGACUGGGACAGCUUCUCCUACAUGAGCCGGGCAGGGGUCUUUGCCUCUACUUUGUACGGUUUGGGGGCGUGGGAGCUAAAACCACUCCCUGAAAGUCAGGGCCAGGAUGUUCACUCCGAUGAACCCUGGCCUCUCCCUUCUGGUGGACAAGGCAGCCUGUAAGAGGCUCUGCCCUCUUUCCAGGGUCCCCGAGGCCACAACCGCUUCCAACUCACGAAGAUAUAACAACAUCGUCCCUGUUCCUGGCCCAGCUGCGUCCAGGCCAGGUCAACCCUGCUCCACCCCCACAGCACGUGGUUUUAAGCCAACCCUCCCAGGAAGGGCUGGCCCAUCCCAGGACUGAGACCUGUGGCUUUUGCAUGCCCCAGCCUGUCUGUUCCUGUCCACCAGGCCUCUCGUCUGAUUCAGAGACUGAUAUCCACUAGGGCUGAAGAACCCCAUGGGCAGGGCCCAACCAGACUCCCGUGGGACAGGUGGGCAAGAUGGACCACAGGAGGGAGGCCUAGGUGGGGUGCUGGGCCAACUGAUUAGCAGGACCUUGGGGUCAGAUCUCCACAAAGGCUUGUGUGGCAAAGUGUAAAGAGAGUUCCCAGUCUUUUCCGUGUUUGCAAUAAUGUGACAAAUAAAGGUCUUUUUUUUUUUUUUCAAGACUGUGUCCAUAACAGACUGUGUGUUUUGUUUUGUGUCUUGAGACAGGGUCUUGUUUUGCACUAGUCUAGCUACCCAUUAUGUAGACUCUGCUAGGAGCAAUCCCCCUGCCCCGGCCUCCC